UGCCGCUCUCACUACGCUGAGACCCUAUUGGCCGGCGACUCCGUCCGGCUCCGCCCUCGUCCGGGCGUCGCACCAAUCAGCGACUCCGUUCACCGGCCCACGGUAAAAGCGUGGGAGGGAGCCACCGGGCUCUCCCAAUUUCUCACUCUCCGCUGAGAUCCCAGUGUGUGCGUCCGUGCUAGUGCCUCCCACACGACGCCAGAGCCAUGGACGACGCCGCGGCGAAGCUGCACUUUGCCUCUCUGCUGGGGAUGCCGCCGCAGCUCAUGUACCCGUUCAUGUUUCCGCCGGCGGCGUGCACGCUCUACCGCACGCCGACCAGCUCUCCGUCGUCGAGCCCGCCCGGCUCGCCGGCGCUCGCCGGCUGCGAGGGCUCCCCGCCGUCCAGCAAGUCGUUCACCAUUGACGCCAUCCUGGGCCUGCGACCGUCGCAGGAGCGCGCCAUGGAGCCGCAGCACUGCGCCCGCCUCACAGUCGAUGGAGCGACGGACGCGCACAAGGACAAACUGGGCGUGUCCGGUCGGCGCGUGGGGCGGCCGAAGCGCGUGCGCACCAUCUUCACCACGGAGCAGCUGGACAGCAUGGAGAAGGCCUUCACCAUGCAGCAGUACAUGGUCGGCAAGCAGCGCUGCCACCUGGCCAAGACGCUCAACCUGCACGAGAACCAGGUGAAGGUGUGGUUCCAGAACCGCCGGAUCAAGUGGCGCCGUCAGAACUUGGAGCGGGAGCAGGCCCGACUGGGCCAGCUCUCUCGGCGCUCCGACUCGCCGCCGACCGGCGCCGGCCGCGAGCUGUCGCAGCUCGAGUGUCCCGCCAGCCCGGCCAGCGCCGGCGACCGCCGCUCGCCGGCCCUGGAGAGCUCGCAGCUCGACCAGCGCCGGGAGUACGCAGAGCUGCCGAAGCUCUGUGACCCGCCGGUCGUCACUGAGACGUAACAGCCCAUUGAGGAGGCCCGAGAACCCAGGUGGUGUUUGACCGGGACUAUGUCUUCCAUGUUCUGGUAAUCGAGCUAAACUUCGGUCGCCAAUAUUUCGUCAUCAGACAUUCGUGUUAAAUAAGGCACAGGUUCACAACGCUAAUCUUUCCGCUUAUCCGAUCUUCAUACAUCUAUUGGUCAUUUUUUUCAAGCCUGAUGAAUUUUUGUUUCUGCACAACACCUUCGACGUAGUUUCGUUGUCUGAUGUGUUAUUUAUUGAGCGUGUUCCUACGAGUGAUUGGGCAGCAGCUGUGCCCGCAAUGUUCGUGCGUUAGAUGCUGAUGUCGCUUGGUAGAGGUGGGAGCUUUUGGUGUUCGUUUGAUCUGUGAUAAAGAAGAAUGCAUAUAUUCUCGGCAUGCAAUCUUAGAAAUAGAUAUGGAAAAAGUAAGCCUGAGUCGGUCGUCCGAUGAUUCAACUUUGCAGAAAUGAUAGCGUCAUAACCGUUUUGAAAACUAUUUACUUCUAAUAUGACACGGACUAUGUGCGUACCUUUACCUACAAGAUGAAACUUAACAUUUUACGUUUGAUAGCUUGCAGCAGAAAAGCAAGACCCUAUAUGUCUGUUACCAGACGGAACGAUAUUUUUAUUUGAGUCCUCCCUAACGUAUAAUCUAAACGUGUCGUCAAGUUAAGUCCGUAUACAUUUAUGAUACGGAUAUUUCACUUGUGCAUGCUCGGUAUGUCAGUGGUAUCCAUUAGCCUGUAAAUAUUGAUCGACAUAUGUAUGUGUUAUUGUAAGAAUACAAGCCCCGAUGCAUCA